AUGUCGGAAGAAGCAAAAAGAGAAAUAGCAGAGUCACUGAGUCUUAACACUUUUUGCAUGGAACGCAUUGGUAUUUCUUUUGAGAGUCCCAAAAGUAAUAUUGCUAAUGUACGUCAGAAAUUGAUGUUCGUGUUGUCUGUGUGGGGAAUCUGCUAUCAUGUGUUUAGCGAGAUCGCUUACAUAUGCUUGACUUUGACCAAGUCACCCCGAGUUGAAGACGUUGUACCACUUUUUCACACUUUUGGCUACGGAGCCCUCAGUAUUACCAAGUUAUUCGUCUUGUGGUACAAGAAAAAUGUAUUCAAACAACUCAUUUUCGAGUUGGCAGGUAUUUGGCCUCUACCUCCACUGGAUGAUGAUGGCCAAUCUACCAAAAAUAAAAGCUUAGCUGCUUUGCGUAUGACCCAUCGAUGGUACUUCGCCGUUAAUGUUUUAGGUGUUUGGUUUUACAACUUGACGCCGAUCGGCAUAUACUUCUACCGGAAAUGGCAAGGACUGGAUGUGGAGAUGGGUUACGUGUGGGUUUCCUGGUAUCCUUUUGACAAACACAUGCCUUACGCGCAUUUUGCUGUCUAUAUUUUUGAGAUGUUUGCAGGACAAGUAAGCGUUUUUAUUAUGGUGAGCACAGACCUGCUGUUCUCCAGUAUGGCCAGCCACAUCAGUCUUUUGUUACGAUUGCUGCAUCGGCGACUAGAGGCACUGGCAACUACAAAUAAAACAGAACAUGAGCAGUUUGACGAAAUCUCCGCUAACAUCAAGCUGCAUCAGAGACUCAUCAGGUACUGUAAUGACUUGGAAUCGGCAUUUUCUCUGUCAAAUCUAGUGAAUGUUGUUCUUAGCUCCAUCAACAUCUGCUGUGUUGUAUUCGUUAUUGUUCUACUGGAACCAUUUCUGAAUGUCAGCAAUAAACUGUUUCUGGGCUCAGUGCUCAUUCAAAUCGGAAUGUUGUGUUGGUAUGCUGAUGACAUCUUUCAAGCGAACCUCAAAGUCUCAGCGGCGGCUUACAACAGCGGCUGGUAUCACACUAGUCCACGCUGUCGUCGUGCAAUACUGUUCGUCAUACAGAGGGCACAAAAACCUAUUGCGUUUACAGCAAUGGGUUUUACUAACAUAACUCUCGUAACUUAUUCGGCAAUACUGACGAGGUCUUAUUCGUAUUUCGCCCUUUUGUACACCAUGUACAACAAAGGGUAA